AUGGCUCACGAAUCCGUCUGGAACUCGCGCCCGCGCACCUACGGCAAGGGCUCCCGCGCUUGCCGCGUCUGCACGCACACGGCCGGUCUGAUCCGCAAGUACGGCCUGAAUAUCUGCCGUCAGUGCUUCCGCGAGAAGGCGGCCGACAUUGGCUUCGUCAAGUACCGGUAA